GGCCUGGCACGUGGCCGUUGGCGGCGCGUGAGGGGGCGUGGCCUGGCGCGUGGCGGUCUGGGGCUGGGGGCGCGCAGACUCGGGUGCGGCGGCGUGCCCCUGGGGCCCGGGUCAGCAGCGGCAUGGGGCGGUUGCGGUGGCAGGUGGCGGCCGCGGCGGCUAUGGGCCUGGCUCUGGCCCUGGAGGCGCUGCCCGGGGUGCUGCGCUGGCUGCGGUCCAGGCGGCGGCGGCCGCGGCGCGAGGUGCUGUUCUUCCCGUCGCAGGUGACCUGUACCGAGGCUCUGCUGCGGGCUCCGGGCGCGGCGCUGGCCGAGCUCCCCGAGGGCUGCCCGUGCGGCCUCCCCCACGGCGAGAGCGCGCUGAGCCGCCUGCUGCGUGCCCUGUUGGCCGCCCGCGCCAGCCUGGAGCUUUGCCUGUUCGCCUUCUCCAGUCCGCAGCUGGGCCGCGCUGUGCAGUUGCUGCACCAGCGCGGGGUGCGAGUGAGGGUCGUCACCGACUGCGACUACAUGGCCCUCAACGGCUCGCAAAUCGGCCUGCUGCGCAAGGCAGGGAUCCAGGUCCGGCACGAUCAGGACCUGGGCUACAUGCAUCACAAGUUUGCCAUCGUGGACAAGCGGGUGCUCAUCACUGGCUCGCUCAACUGGACCACGCAAGCCAUCCAGAACAACAGGGAGAACGUUCUCAUCAUGGAGGACGACGAGUACGUGCGGCUUUUUCUGGAAGAAUUUGAGCGCAUCUGGGAAGAGUUUAACCCUACAAAGUACACCUUUUUCCCACAAAAAAAGAAAAGUCACUGAAGCUGUGCCCCGCCUAUCUCCAGAGCUGGAGGGAAAUCGCUUUCAUGGCACAGAACUUGCCGCACCUCCAGGCAAAACCAAACCUAACCAAGAAUGGGGCUGAGCCCUCCCUGCGGGCUGCCGUGCCUUCUGAGGGAGGGAGGCCUCACGUUAAACCAAAUUCUCAUCUAUUAGAAUACUAAGUUGAACGAAAGAAGGUUAGGAAGGGGAAAUUUCUGUUAUUUCAGGUCAGUUAUUUUGGGCCAGACCUUUUCUUCGGCCCUUUGCCAAAAUAACUUCAGUCACGA